AUGGUGGAUGCACCAAAAUUGCCAGAGGUUACGGAAACAAGCGCUGUGGACUUUGGUGAUUGGCUGCACUGUGUGGAGAAUGUCAUGGGUGACCUCAGCGCGAACAGUGCGGAAUGGUGGAAGGGUGUGAUAGAAGAUGCAAUGGACUACUACAAGAAGUACCAAGAGGCGGACCAGUUUGGGCGUCUGGCUCUGAAGCCGGAACCCAGCGUCGAUGCAGUGGACCCAAAAUGGUCGCGUGUUGACAGGAGAGGGGCCAGCAUUUUGUUGGCCUCAACGCCGGAAGUGGUGGCAGCAAGAGCAAGGACCACUCUGGAAAUCCUCGCAAGGCUCAUGAUCGUCUACAGGCCAGGGAGCGCUACAGAAAAAUUAAUGCUGCUUCGCAAGGUGGAGUCGCCCGAACCGGCUACGACAGUGCAAGAGGCUAUAGUAGCGUUGCGCCAGUGGUCCAGGUUCUACCAGAGGGCCAAGGAUCUGGGUUUGGCGAUACCAGACCCCAGCAUUUUGUUGAGGUCCCUGGAAGGCAUGGUUAAGCGCCCUGUCAGCGAGCACAACGACAUCGCUUUCCGUAUGAACCUGAUCAGGUACCAUCUCCGUGUGGACUUUGCCCCCAGUGAAAUGAAUAUCCUAGCUAUCCACCGUGCCUAUCUGGCUGAGUUUGAGCAGCUUGGCUAUAAGAGGGGCAACAAGGUCAAGGACGAGCCGAGUGGACAAACACAGGCUCGAAUUAGGGCGCCAGUUCAGGGGGUCCCGGUCGAGCAGCUCAUUGAGGACGCUCAGAAGCUGAUGAAGGCUUUCAUGGAGCAGAAGAGCGGCGCUACGCAUCCAUUGAGAGCAAAGACAGCGGGUGAUAUACCAGCAGGGCUUGGCAGCGUGAGUGUGACGUUGGCAGGUGAGACCAGAGUGACGAUGGACCAGAACCGGGCCGGCACGAUCUUGGGAGAUGAGGGUACACAACCCAUCGUCCCAUUGGGGACACUGGUGAAGGCGCUGGGAUAUGAGUUCGUAUGGGACAAAAGAGGUUGUCGUCUGAGGCACCCAACCAAGAAGGAGGUCAAGGUCUACAGAAAGUCUACGUGCCCCGAGGCGUCCAUCUGUGCGUCCAAGACCUACAAGGAGCGGGAGUGGACCGACAACGUGAGGGACUACAUGCUCCCAGGAACCCUUGAAGAUGGUUUGAGAGUUGUUAUGGGAGCACCGUUUAUGAACCAUGUACCUAUGGAGGAUCAGCUCAAGGUUGCUGUGGACAUCCCUACCACGGAGCAGGACGCUUGGAAGUGGAUGAAGAGUUUUCCCCUCAACCGCUCAAGGCGCCGACAGUUGUGGCAGGCGCAACAGUGGACAGUGCACUUGUUUUCGGGCAAUGGGGUCAAAAACGACCCUCUCCGUGAUCUGCCGGGCUUGCUGGAGAUUGACAGCAAGAAGGGGUGGGAUCUAAAGAAUGAGAAGAUCUAUGGUGUUCUUUUUUGGGCAGCCAAGGAGGGACGGAUCAAGCACGUCUUUGGUGGCCCUCCUGGAGCGAUCUACUCACCUCUACGCUUCAGGCAGAAUGGAGAGUCGGGGCCCAGGGCAGUGAGGUCAAUGCAUGAACCAUGGGGGCUCAAGGAGGGACUGGGGGUGGAAGAUGAAGCCCGGGUUAGAAAUGAGAACCAAGCGCUGUUCAAGAUGAUUUGGCUCUGGCUAUGCGCGGAGGCGGCGAUCGAGAACCAAGAGUCUGGAGGGGACCCCAAGCUUUGCAUGCCAGAGGGACCCCAUCGCGAUGCUUGUGUGUCUGUAUGGAGCACGGAGUUUAUGAGGCGGUUCGUUGAGGAGAUGGGCAUGGUCAAGUUCCACUUUGAGCAAGGAGCCCUCGGACAUGUCAUGAGGAGGCCUACGUGUUGUUUGAGCAAUUUGGGACUUGGUAUCAAUGGUCUAAAGGAUUCCAGGUGUUGGACCUCAAAGGAGGAUGGCCAAGAUGUGGACCAGACGAUUUGGCCCCAUGGUUUUCGAAUCACCUUGGCGGACGCUAUCCAUGAGUGGAACAAUGCCCUGAACCGAGUGGUGGUGAAAAAGGCGAUGUCAAAGACUGAAAUGGUAGAGUGGAAGGCCCAUGUGGAAUGA